AGUAUUUCGUCGGUGAUGGUAUGUUGCUCAAAAGUCCAAUGCCACCGAUGAUAUUGACAUUUACUAACUGUUUCUUAUUGUUGACAUUUUGUGAAUGAAAGGAAUAAAAUAGUGUUGGUGAGUCAACUUGCAUCUAUGCGCAGGCGUCGUCAAAUUUCAACUGGGAGUAUAGUGACGUCAUCAUGUGGAGUACGUCACUCUUCUCUGAAUUUAUACAUGGCCGGUAUUUGUGUCUGUUGUUCGCCGUCUGAAGCUGUCGUAUGUUAGCACAAAGACACCUACCUUUCUCCUCUUUAGUUGCAUUUUGUGGACUGGAAUCUGUAAACUCACGGAAUACAUUAAUUUCUGAGUGGUAAUGUAUACAUUGGAUUAGUGUAAGAAUCGGAGAUUUUUCGUAAACAUUGUGAAAACCCGCAUCCAUCAUGAACGGGCUUUCGUUUAGUGAGCUGUGCUGCUUAUUCUGUUGUCCACCAUGUCCGUCUCGUAUAGCUGCAAAGCUGGCGUUUCUGCCACCAGAACCUACCUACUCAAUCGUAACUGAUGAUACUGGUACUCGUGGGACAUUACAUUUGACGGAUAGGGCAGAAUGGCAAUUUUCAGAUCGAGAACUAGAAUCAAUCGAGGUGUUCUACACCCGAAAUAAGCGUGGGAAUAGGAUAGCAUGCAUGUUCGUUCGAUGCGCUCCAAAUCCAAAAUACACAAUCCUUUUCAGUCAUGGCAAUGCUGUUGAUAUCGGACAGAUGAGUAGCUUUUACAUCGGCCUUGGCUCAAGAUUAAACUGUAACAUCUUCAGCUAUGACUAUUCUGGUUAUGGUAGUAGUAGUGGAAAGCCUUUGGAACGUAACUUGUACGCAGACAUCGAGGCAGCGUGGCAGGCUUUACGAUCGCGAUACGGGAUAAGUCCGGAGAACAUCAUUCUGUAUGGACAAAGUAUUGGUACGGUACCCACAGUGGAUUUAGCUUCACGCUAUGAAAGUGCCGCAGUGAUUCUACAUUCCCCGCUCAUGUCUGGAAUGCGUGUAGCGUUCCCGGAUACUAGGAGAACAUGGUGGUUUGAUCCAUUCCCAAGCAUUGACAAAUGUUCCAAGGUGGCAUCCCCCGUCUUGGUCAUCCACGGGACCGAGGACGAGGUCAUCGACUUCUCCCACGGCCUGGCCAUCUACGAGCGGUGCCAGCACACCGUCGAACCCCUGUGGGUGGAAGGAGCCGGCCACAACGACGUGGAGCUCUUUGGCCAGUACCUGGAGCGCCUCAGGAACUUCAUCACUCAGGAGCUACCCAGUCUAACAGCAUCAUGAUCACCGUCGCAUGGCUCAGGCAGGCAAGCAGACAGUUAGGAGCCACCUCACUUAGUGUGUGUUCUCCUCCUCCUCCUCCUCAUCCUACUCCUUGUAAGAUCUGUAAAUAACCUGGAAUUUCCCUUGUUCGUACAAUAUAUAUCAUAUUCAUGGGCUGCUCAUAUUGGGCCUGUUCACACAAACAUGAAUAUUGUGGUGUUUGGCACAAACUUUUUCAACAUGUCGUGCACAGCACAUGUGCACUCAUAUUAAUAUGUUGAUUGAAUUCUUACCCAAACACAUUGGCUGACACUACAGACAGUCACAUGUUUCUGAAAAUCUUCUUUGUGUGAGAUGGCCUACAUGUAAUACAUGCGUAUAUCUGAAAGUUGUGUAGCAUUGAUUUUUGGGGACAGCAUUGCUUCAAUACUUUUUGGCCCCAUCCCAGUAUACUUUCCCUCAGUGUAGAAGGGUUUUUGCUUGAACUCUGGCAUAUUUAUCUGUACAUUUGCUUCUUAUUUGCAUCAUUAUUUCAAUUAUAAAUACAUUAGUAUUAUUUUUAUGUGAAACAUGUUUUAAGUGCAUUACUUGAAUUCUACAUUGCAAUGCAUGUUGAGGGAGAAGUGUCCAGAGGGUAGCAACAUAAGUUUAAUAACAAAAUAAGAUAUUGGUAUUUAAAAAAAAAAUUAAAUAGCAAUAUGAUUUAUUAUUUUUUAUUAUUUAUUUUCCACACUCACAGCUCCAAACGUUUAAGACUGAGGACCAAAUUUUGACAAACAUUUACUGCCAUAUUACUUUUAUGACUUCAUUAAAAAAUAUGUUGACAUUUUCCAGUUAACGGUUAAUAAUAAAAAGCUGGUAUUUUUACAUGUAGAGUUACAGUACAUGCAAAAAUGUAUUGUAAAUGUUUUGAUACAGGGUGCAUUACAACAUUUACAUGUAGCUAUGGUGCAAUUCCAUGGCAUUAGAAUGGAAAUAAACAAAGGGAUAAAAAGAAUGGAAUUAAACAAAGGGAUAAAAGGAUUGAAAACAGUUUCUUGUUUAGGGAUGAUAACUUUUUGAAUAUGUAACCUCAUUAUGCCAGUAUUAGCCAGUUAAAUAUUCUCUGAUAGUUAUCAGAGGUUAUCAGAGGGUCUGAAUAAUGUAUCUUCUCAGUAAGUCAAAAGAGUUUCUGAUGAAAAAAGGAAAUUAAAUGUACAUGUAGUAUGCUAUACUAGUAGAUGAAUGCUAAUAAUGCCUUUGAGAUAGAAGUGUGUGUGCGACGUUGUUAGCGUGUUUAAUCCUGAACACUUUUGUCACUAUUGCUUUUUGCCUUUUGGAAAUGGUCACAAUUUUUGGGGUUUUUUGGUGGUAUUUUGUAUAUUGUAUUUGUAUUUUGUUUUGAUUAGUUCAUCUAAGUUUCAGACUAAUAUGUAAUUUAUAACUAAUUUCCUGGAUUAUCAUUCUGUACAGGAAAACUUUUUGUUUGUAGAACAGGGCUAGACUCUAUUUGGAGUAGUGUACAUCGUAGUUUCAUGUAUAGAUGGGUCUGAACACUAUUACAAUAAGAUGUUCACGAACUUGCACUGAAGACAGUUUUGUAAGACUUUGGGGUCUUAUUCAUAUACUUGUGCAGUUGUGCUUGUAUUAUAGAAUGAGGAUCGAUCUAGAGGAAAAGCGAAAUUCCUCCAUUCUUGAGUUAUUUAUUCAAAGGGUUCGUCGAAUCGCUUCCACUUUCGGCAAAGUAGCGAAUCGACCGUGAGCGGAAGAUUGAAUUUUGCAAGCCAGAACGAUUUCAGGAACCAAAUUUGAAUCAAUGUCGAUGACAUCUUUCUCAGUUCAUCCUUAGUUGCAGGAUCUGUUUACCCGCUGACUACUGAACCCUCUCAUUCCUACACAAUGCAUACAGGAAACAUCCGGCUCCUGUAGAUGUAGGGUUAAUGUACUCAGAAAAAGAUAGUGAUAGUGAUACAUGAUUGAGUGCAAUUUCCAUGUACAUGUACAAGUUGGUCCAAUUAAGUAUACAAAGAGAACUGCUGUUAAACGCUUCAUUUUAUAUCGAUUUUUUCUCGGAAUCCUUAAUCUCAUCAUGACUGUACAAAAAGGCUUGUAGAUUAUUAAAGCAUGAGAUGGAAAAUUUAUAAUAUCCUUCAGGAAAGAUCUGUGUAUAAUGGAUUCAAAAACAAAAACAAUCUCUGCAUAUUGUAUAAUAAACAAUAUACACCCCUACACAUGCAUGUAGAGUGUGCUUUUUCAAGAGGAAAAUGUAAAGUUGAAGACUUGGAAUGUAUUUUUUACUAUGAAAAUUUAAUUCCUACAGAAAGGUGAGAAUAUUUUUUUUUUUAAAUAUAGAAAUUCAGUACCUCCAUGCAUGUUGUGUUUACGUAAUGUAUACUGUAUGAAAAGUAGACAUUACGUAGAUGUAAGAUACAAUACAUGUGUGGAAGCUCAUACUCUUGUAUUUUAAUAUUCAUCAGUUCACUACAUGUACAAUAUCACUAGCUGCAGGGUACAUACCGAACGCGAUGUUGCAACAGUGAUUGCCCAUGUAUUCUGCACUGCAGUUGGUGCUUGCUAAUGUGCCUAAUGAAAAGAAAAUUGGUACCCCUAAUGUGCAUAGAGCCCACGCAGACACUUUCGCUGUCCUAUGAGUUAAAGCGACCUUUUACACGCACAUACAGUAGCCUGAUUGCGCAGACAAUUUUCUUGUGUCCACCCCCCUCCGGAGCCCAAUUAGGAAAUACUGGUAUCGUAAAGUGUAUACGGAGUGCAUGACAUUUACAACAUGCAUUUUAUAUUUAGGAUGAAUGCAUUGUCAUAGUUGAUAAUACUUCUGGCGGAGGGAAAGAUCGCCAUUGAAGGUCAAUUAUUGGAAUUGUAGUUCAUGGCAAAAAAAUUUCCUGCUAAUCAGACUCUCUCUCUCUCUCUCUCUCUCUCUCUCUCUCUCAUUUUUUCACUUUCACUUCCACUCAUUUGUGUACUUGUUGUGGUAUCAAAAGGCUAGAUGAGGAUGUGGACGACCAUUGUCUUUGUACAAUGUGUAUACAUGUAAUGUAUAUGCAGGAUUCUAUAGAAUAUAAAACAAUGUAUAGACAAGAGCACGGUCUAGGAUGCACGUAUUAUGAUGGGAAGUUGGCAACCACUUCAACGAAAGAUAAGUACCGGUAGGCUCUGUCUUCAUAAUCAAAGCAAACAUUUGGGUACUGUAGACUGGAUUGAAUUCUAUAUGUACAUUGUAGGCCUAUGAUGUACAAUCUAACAGUUUUUUUCUUUUCUUUUCUUUGUCAAGAACAAUUACCAUUAAAUAUCCUCAUCGUAUACAUGUACAUGUGUUUGAUGUGGCCCUUUAAAUGAAAUGUCGUCAUUCGUGUUACACAGCAACGCACAACUCAUGCAUAGGAAUUUCUGAAGUCAAAUACACUGACAAAGUCCCUUGCAAUGUAUGAUAAUUAAUGAUUACACAGGAUUGACAGGAAGUUAAUAUCGUCUAGAUCUCCUUUUAAAACACAGUGUCGACUUUAUAGGCCUACCGGUACAUGUCUCGUGUACAUUUGGAUGGUAUCAUUUCUUUUAUAAUAUAUUUAAGACCUGUAGGCUGUAGAAUUCAAGAGGGCAGGACUUGUUAAAUGUAGGAAUGAAGAUGUGGAUCUCAUAACUCUAUAAUCGUGUAUAUCUAGUCAAAAUAUAUGUACAUGUAGUCUCCUACUCUGCUACUACAACUUCAUCUUCAUCAAGCUAUUUGCAGAGUAGGUCUGUAUUGUUUUAAUUAACAGUUGAUUAGUAGAAACAGUUGAUUGAGCAGAGUGCUUACAGUCAUAGCCUACCUUAUGUACAUCUACCAUACACUGUACAGCUUUCAAGGUCCUUGUAUGAGGCAUGCCACUCAUGCGCUAAUGAAUCAUAGAUUAAAUGCACACUUUAAUUUCCCCCAUGAAUGCAUAUAUGGAAUAUGUUUACUGGUACUCAAAAUGGCAAAGGAUGCUUUGAUGCAACUGUGAUCUAUUUGAUAAUUAUUGAGUGAAUAUUAAUUUGAGCUUCAAGGACUAUGACCAACAACAAAAAAAGAUUACCAAAUACAAAUCACAUCACAUGAUAUGAUCUAGGAUGACAAAUACGCAUACAGUAUAAACUGUACCUACAAUAUUAAAUGUUAAUGUAUCUGCACCAGAAAAUUCCUAUACCACCAGGCAUGCUGUUAUAGGAAGAAUACACAUGGGGCAGGGGCACUUCAAGGGAGGGGGGGGGGGGGCAGGGGCAUUGUCCCCUCUCACUUUCCAAACUUGCCAUAAAACGUUGCUUGUCCGAGAUUUUUGAGAGAUUUUAACUCUUCUGAAAAUGGUGAGAACAUUUUUUGUUAAGAGGGGGGGGGGGGGGGGGGGCUACUUGUUUGAGAAUAUUGAGAGAUGCCCCCUCCCUUCCCCCUUCCUCUCCCACCCCUGUAUGUGAACAAACACAUGCCGAUAUAACAUACCAAACCUCCUGCUUGUAACUCAAGACUAGCAACCAGUGGGUGAAAAUGGUUGACGGAGCAUGAAUUCGCAUUUCCGCUGAGACGGGAUAGCCAGGGAGGAGCGAUGACACGGCUUCUUAGAAACACAACCCAUGACAUCGCUUGAGAACAAGAUUGAUGGCCACUGUGUGCAUCAUGCCUUCCUUCUCAAUAUCAAUUCAUAUCUUUACUUGCAUAAAUCCAAAAUCAGUGUGUACUGGUUUGCUGGAUAUGGGAGGCACAAAAAUAUGCUGGUAUUCUUGUUUAUGCACAGCAAGAUACUCCAAUGAAACAGCAUACCAAAGUUGUAGAUGUGCAUCGUUUUUUAUUCCAUUACCUUGUUUAGCAUGUCAAGUUUAUUUUGACUAAAUUGAAGAAAAGAGAUUUUUUUGGGGAGGGGGAGGGGGGGGGGGUGCAGGAGAUGGUAGUCAAAUUCUUUUACUUCACUGUGUAGAAGAUAAUGUUGCCUACAUGUUUAUAUAAAAAAAAAAGGUUAGAUGGUUAACCAGCACAUCAAAUGCUAUCGUGCACAAAUCAUCCUUCAACUAUGCCCCAUCCCUUGGCUCUCCCUCUCCCUCUCUCUAUCUCUCUCUAUCUCUCUCUAUCUCUCUCCCCUCCAAUCGCUUCUUGGUUGCCAGUGGGUUAUUAUUGCUUGCCAUGCUAAUUGCCCUAUGAGGUUUUCAACCCUUAAAUAGCCUCUGCUCCAUUUGCCCUCCGAGCUACAACCUCCACUCGUCGUCGACCCUACCCUACCAUAUGCUCUCCCUC